AUGGAAAUGAUGUCUCAAAAAUUUUACAUCCUUCAUAUAAAUCAAUCCUCUCAAGUUUUGAGGAUUGCUAGAGACGAUUUAUGGGGUUUUCUUCCUGGAAAUGCGUUUUCUUGUCCCAAACAUUAUACUAAUGUGGAAAUAGAUUCCCAUUUCUUCCAUUACACAUCCAACAAUGAGAUGUAUACGAUAUUGUAUGAGUGUGGUCCUCUUCCAAAUUCAUUCUUUACUCCCUCGUUUCAAAUUUCUUUUGAAGUAAUCGGUUGUUAUAUGGAGGGAAAAUUUCAUAGUACAUACGUAGUAUCAAGUUCUAAAUUGACUGAUUUCAAUGCGGUGAACUGCAAUAAUAGUAUCACAGUUCCUGGAAAAAAGAAUUCUUUGCCAAACAAAUCAUGUGUUAUGGAGGGUAUUUUAGUCCAAGGAUUUGAGGUGAGAUGGAAUGGUGUUGGGGAAGACAGGUGCGAUGCUUGUACAAAAUAUGGAGGGGGAUGUGGAUACAAAAAAGUAGAAAAUGCAUUUAUUUGUCUCUCGAAGAGAUCUGCCACAUCAAAAGGAAAACUUCCAGAUGGGCGUGAAGUGGCAGUGAAAAGGCUUUUUGAAUACGGCGUCAAUAAAGAACAACAAUUUCUUAACGAAAUAAAUAUACUAGCAAGAACUGAUCAUCCCAAUCUCAUCUUGGUAUAUGGUUGCACAUCACUCAAAAGUCGUCGAGCUUUGGUUGUCUACGAGUAUGUUCCUAAUGGAUUUUUGAGUGAUCAUCUUCAAGGUGACAAAGCAACACCUAAUAAACUUCCUUGGAACAUUAGGAUGAGGACUACCGUGGAGACAGCAGGUGCAUUGAACCAUCUUCAUGCUUCUGAUAUCAUUCAUAGGGAUAUUAAAACCAGUAAUAUUCUCUUAGAUGCCGAAUACCAUGUUAAAGCAGCUGAUUUUGGACUUUCGCGCCAUAUGUAG